GGCUCAGUUUUACUCUCUCGCGCGCGCGCACACACACAGCUCCACAACUGGCAGAAAAAAAGAAAAACCUCAGACAUGGAUGACCCACUCACAAAAUGGCUCCACUUACACAGUAACAUCAACAAUACGGCUGAAACGGGCAACAAACGCGUCUUUACGUCUUCCAGUUUUUAUAUGCCACAAACAAUCGUCUGAUGAUGAAUUAAUCAAGAGAAAUCUUAUUUAGGACAUAGUGGGACAGUAACGAGUUUAAAAAUGAUGGAAAAACGGCAGCAGGAGCUUUGUCCUGGAAGUCCCGACGCAGGGUCCGGUCCUGGAAAGCGGGAGGACUCCGCCAUCAUCUCCAGACAGAACGGAUACAAGAAGGACGAGGAGCCGAGGAGAGAGGAGGGAGAAGAAGGGGAGGGGGAGGAGGAGAGGGGAGGGAGCUUCAAAGGGGUUGAGGAGACGGAUGACGUUCCUCUGCAGAACUCGACCAACGGGACCAGCAUCAGCAUCAUCAUCAAUGGCGUUGCCAAGGAAACUGCCUCUCACAACGCCCUUGACCUGAAAAGGGAAGUGCCGGUGAUCGAGCUUUCCAGGAGGGACGCUAUAAAAGCGGUUGAACAGAGGACUGAAAGCCAUUUGGUGCCGAUCACGGAACUUCGCAGACCUCCACCGCUGCCGUUGCCGCCGCCGCAACGAGACGACGCUCGAAUGGUCCAACUGAGCCCAAACGCGUUUCCUGUCCCGGCCCGGGCGAUGCUCUACAACCUGGCGCAGCCUCUUGCCGCCAUCAACAGUAUUGGAGGGGAGUCGGAGCAGUACAGCAUGUACCCCAGCAACAGGGUAAAGCGCCGCCCGGCGCCUUAUGAGGUUGAACUCGACGAGGCUGGCCAGCCAAAGAUUGUACGUCGCAUCUUCACAAACAGUCGUGAACGCUGGCGUCAACAGAAUGUAAAUGGUGCAUUUGCAGAGCUUCGUAAACUCAUCCCCACUCAUCCUCCAGACAAGAAGCUGAGCAAAAAUGAGAUCCUGCGGCUUGCUAUGAAAUACAUCAGCUUCCUCUCUAACCUCCUGGAGGAUCAGGAUGGAGGAAGGAAUGUUGCCAAUACAACUGAUGGGGACACAGGGCUGCUGGUUGGGGUUGCAAACCAUGAAGGGGGGCCUCAGGGUGGACCGCACCAGGACACAGUAGUGGGCUUGGCAAGAGAUGAUCUAUUGGAGACGAUGUCUCCAAGCUCCAGCUGUGGAAGCCUACCUGAUGGCGAUGCUGAAGGAAGUCCUGAGAGCUUCAUGGAGGACCAGGACUCGCCUCCAGCUCCAAGGACUCUAACAGCUUCACGUGGUCCCCCACUACAUCUAGCUGCAAGGGAUCUGAGGCGCAAUGGUCGUCCAUUAGAUGGUUCCAGUCGCCGAUGAUGCUGACCACAGACACAACAUCUGAAACUGAAAGGAAGAAGGACUAGAAAAGAGAUGAACAUCCUCAGAACACCGAUAUCUUUCAGUCGUCGGAGUAGGAGGGAGAAUCAAACCACAUAGUGAAAAAGUGGCGUAGAAAAUGGAUCAGCAGUCCAAUCUUGUCUCUAGACUGCAUAUAAGACAUCACUGAUGAACAGCAUUGUUGAAUUUUGAUCCCAUUAGAGACUUGUAAAUUCUGCAUGUCUUUGAGUGACCUGCAGAUUAUGACUUUCUUUUUUUGAAAGCUCCAAAGAAACUGUUAACAAAAACUACAAAAAAAAAAAGAAAAAAAAAGAGCAAACUAAACCCAACAAUAAUUAUUUGAGA